GGCUCUGCGCGCAGCAUUUUGGGAACGCGUGGUAUUCUGGGAGCGCGGGACCCGCCAUUCCUUGGCUCACACCUUCGUAGUUGCUCGACUUGCUGCCACACGGGAAAGGAAGAGUAGGCCGGAGCCGGUGAGAACUCUUUUCCUGCCAAGAUGUCUAUUGGUGUGCCGAUUAAAGUCCUACACGAGGCUGAGGGUCACAUCGUGACAUGUGAGACAAACACCGGCGAGGUGUAUCGUGGGAAGCUCAUUGAGGCGGAGGACAACAUGAACUGCCAGAUGUCCAACAUCACAGUCACAUACAGAGACGGCCGAGUGGCACAGCUGGAGCAGGUGUACAUCCGUGGCAGCAAGAUCCGCUUUCUCAUCUUGCCUGACAUGCUGAAAAAUGCACCCAUGUUAAAGAGCAUGAAAAAUAAAAACCAAGGCUCAGGGGCUGGCCGGGGAAAAGCUGCUAUUCUGAAGGCCCAAGUGGCUGCAAGAGGAAGAGGACGUGGAAUGGGGCGUGGAAACAUCUUCCAGAAGCGAAGAUAAAUUUAUCUGUUGAACUGAACUUUGUCGUUAUUUUUUCCCUUAGGUUGUCUGGGUUCAGGGGGGUGUAUGCUUAUGUAUAUGUUCUAGGUUUCCUUUUGACAUCUUUCUCUUUAGAGCAGAGGAAAUGUUAAACUAAAUAAAUAUGGUGGUGAUUGUU